AUGAAUACAUUUAGUCGAUCUCCAUUAGAACCAGUCACUUAAAAUAAAGAAUAUUUUACAUCCCAAUCUUCUUCAAAGGUGAUCACAAGUACGAUCAGAUAGUGCACUUCAGUGACACAAAAUUUAGGAGCCUCUCAAAUGAAAAGAUCAAUGUAAUUAAUGUGUUUAUCAAAAUUAGGUCUGGAAAUAAUAUCUAUUCCUCUUAAAUUAAUAACCCUCCUCCAGCCAGAUAAUAAUUAGGGAAAAACCUUGAUAUCGUUUGUUUCUUGAUGGCUUGCGAGGUUGAAAGAUUUGUGGCUGAAAAUGAUAAACUCAAAUAUAGAAUAAAGGAGAUGGAUGACAAAUUGCUUGAUAGAAAUAGUUAUGAAAAACAAAUAGAAGAUUUGCAAGCCAGACUUAUGUAGAUGCAAUAUUAGGAGAGUAUGUACAGGUAUAUCAGUAAAUCAUGAUUUAAGAUAAGAGGUCGAGAUUACUACUUCUUAGUACACAGAAGAGAUUGAGAAUUGGAAAAUCAGAUUUUUUAAUAAUGAGGAAAAAUACAGAAAUGAAAAUGAAUAAUUGAAACAAUAACUAUUAGUUGGAAAUUCAAAAUAAUAAAAAGAAAUAGAGGAACUAAAGAAUCAAUUAUUCACUUAGAAAUAGAUGAAUGUAAAUAAGUGAUUAAAUAUCUCUAGGAAAAUGAAUUAUCUAAACUUAGAGAAUAAUUGUUGAGUAAAUAAUAGGCAGUAGAGUAUUAUUAAGUAGAAUUGAAUUAAUAUGAGGCUGAAUUUUAAUAAUACAAAUAACAGGAGGAAAAAAUAGUGUAGUUGGAGAAUAAAAUUGGUAUGUUAGUUUGUGAAACUGAGAGAUUGAACAAUUUAUUGAAAUAAAAGUUGGAGGAAUUGGAAAUGAACAAAGCACGUUAUAAUCAUAUGGCUUAAGAAGCAGAAAAGGGGAAAUCUGAAUUAAGAUAGUUGUAAAAUUAAUUUGAUAAAAAGUAAAAAGAUUAUGACUAACUCAAUUAAGCAUACGUGAUGACUUAAAAUGAAUUAAUUAAAUAUAAGGACUAAGAUUAAAUCAUAGAUUAAAUGUAAAAUAAAAUAAGUCUCUUGUAAGGUGAAAUAGAUAGAUUAAAUUAAGUAUUGAGAGAAAAGAUAAAGUAAGGAGAAGAAUGGAGAUAGAAGUAUUUUGAUUCAGAUAAUCAAUGUAAAGAAAUGAAAUAGAAGUUAAAUAAAUUAGAUUAAUUGUAAUUGCAAUUAAAAGAUCAAGUUGAUAUGUUUUAACAGUUGAGUAACAACCUUGAAGAUUAAAAGAUGAAAAACUAUUAAUUGCAAUAAUCAAACCAUAAUUUAGAACAAGGAAAUUAAGAUCUAAUUAGUAGAAUUGAAUUGUUAACAUCUGAAAUAGAAAGACUUAAUAAUAUUUUAAGAUAGAAAAUUCACGAACUAGAAGAAUGGAAACAAAAGUGCUAACAUUAUGAAUAAGAAUUCAAAAAUAAAUCAAUUUAAUACAAUGAUAUCAAAAAUAAAUUAAGUUGUUUGACAUAAGAAAUUGAUAGAAUGUAAGAAUAAUUGAGAUAGAAAUAAUUAGAGUUAUAAAAUUUAUAAUUGAAUUAAAAUUAGUUAUAAAAGGAAAUUAAUAAUUAAGAAUAAAUUAAUUAAUCUUUAUAAAAGUAGAUUGAAGAAUGGAAGAGAAAAUAUAAUAAUUUAGAAUAUGAUUUAUAAGAGUCAUUAAUGAAGAAUAAGAAAUUGGUUGAAUAUGAGAAUACUAUAGCCAUGAUUUCAUAAGAACUGGAAAGAUAGAAGACGUUAUUUUCAUAGAAAUCAUAAGAAUUUGAUGAAUAAAGGAGAUAGAUGAUGAAUGAUAUCUAAAAACUGAAAUAAAGUAUGGGAUUGAAAUCAACAGAAGCAGAAGAGUGGAUGUCUAAGUAUAGAAGAUUAGAAUAGGCUUACUCUGAAUUGAGUUAGACUAAUAGAAUAGUUGAGGAUAAGUGGAAGUAAUCAUUAAUAAGAAUUAUAUUGCAUUGUUCUGAAAUUGAUAGAUUGACAUAAGUUUAAGCUGAGAUUUUCGAUGAAAAUGAAUAAUUGACUAAUCAAAUAUCACAUUAUCAAAGUUAAUUGAAAAUUAAAGAUGAUUAAUUAUAUAAAGCAUUGGAUAGAAAUAAUUUAUUACAAAAAUUAUAGGAUGAAGAGAAGGCCAAAAGACUGGGAUUGGAAAAUUAAUUAGCAAGUUUGAAAAUGUUCUAAGAAAAUUGUUAAAUAUUAGAAUAGAAAAUUAUUAGUUUGACAAAUGAGAAUUAAAGAUUGAAUGAAUAAUUGAGAUUAAGAAAUGGAGAAAUUGAAGAUUAUAGAACUUAAAUUUCAAGAUAUGAAAAUAAGAUUUAAAUUAGUAAUCAAGAAUUGGAAAGAGUUAAUUAAUAAUUAAGAAAAGCAUUUUCAGAAUCAGAUGAAUUAAGAAAGGACAAAGAGAGAUUAGAAUCUUAGUUUACUUUACUUUAAAGAUAAUAUGAUGAAUUAAAAUAAAAAUAUAAUUCUUUAGAGUUAUAUAAAACUAAAUAUAUUGAAUUAGAGAAUAGGUGUGCUAUGUUAUCAACAGAAAUUGAAAGAUUAAAUUAAUUGUUGAUGAACAGAUAAGAUGAAAUUGAUUAAUUGAAGAAGAAAUGUUUUUAAUUGGAAUAAUAGAUCAUUUAGUUAAAACAAUACGAAGAAAAUGUAUUAAAAUUAUAACUCUUUUUAGAUUAGAGUUUUGUCUAAUGAAAUCGAUAGAUUAUAAGGAAUAAUUGAUGUCAAUGAAGCUGAACUUAAACAAUGGAGACUCUAAUAUGCAGAUGGCGGAGCUUAAACCAGAAAGAUUUAAGAUCUCUUAUUCCAUUUUGUGGUAUUCUAUUUAUCUAAAUUUAGAUGUAAUCAGCAGAGAUUGAAAGUCUUAGAGCAAGAGUAUAAGAGAAAGAAAAAGAGGUUGAGGAGGUUAGAAGAAGCAGUUUGGCACCAUAUAGAAGAUGAG